AUGGCAGCCACCGUGUCCUCCGCGUCGACCGCGCGACUCCAACUUGCGCGAAUCUCCGUGCCGGCCGCGACCGCCGCAUGCCGCCCAGCAGUCGCGGCGCUUUUUCCCGCGCAAAGUCCUGCGCUCAGCCGAGCCGCGACAGUGCCGACUUCCUCUAUAAGCGUUACCACAGCCGUCGUCUCUCGUGAUCCUUCUCCUCUGCGGCUUGCUGCGACUGGUUCUAGUUCCUCUAGGCGCUCCGACGGUAGAAGUAGCGGCUCCUCCAAUGUAACCAAUUUACUACUAGCUGCGGCGCGCUGUGUCGCGGCGCCGUCCCUCUCAGCGCGCGCUGCUCCCAUCUAUGAUGGCGCUGCAGGCUACACUGGAAGGCGGCCCCGUCGUUUCAGCAGACCGGCGGCCCAAGCAAGCCCCGUGCAAGCGACGACGGCGGGCGAACCCGAGGGCGACACGUGGCAGCUGAAGCUGCUGUACGAUGGCGACUGCCCGAUCUGCAUGCGAGAGGUGGACUUCCUACAGGGUCGCAAUAAAGAGUUUGGCACGCUCAAGUUUGUGGACGUAGCAGCGGGUGACUAUAGCGCGGAUGAGCAUGCGGGUGUAUCGUACGAGGCGGCUAUGGGGUCGAUUCACGGGAUACGAAGGGAUGGCAGCGUGGUCACAGGCGUGGAGGCCUUUCGUGAGUUCUAUGAGGCGGUUGGCCUCGGGUGGGUCUAUGCCAUCACCAAGCUCCCUCCGGUCGGCGCUCUGGCAGACGGGAUCUACGAGGUGCGGGCCAAGUACCGCCUGCCACUGUCAGGCCGGCCGUCGUUGCAAGCUGUGAUAGAGGAGCGCAGACGCAACAAGCUCGGUGUGCAAGGGUGCAAGGAGGAGGAGGAGUGCGACGUUAAAUUUUAA